GUGAGACAGGUAAAUUUAGCAUUGUGGGCUAUGACAAAUAGCGGAAGUGUUUUCGAAAGUUGUUUUGAACUAUGUAGAACCAGAAAAGACUAACAAAAAGCAAAAUGAUAAGGAAAGAACGUGAAAUAGACAAGGACACUGUGGUGGCCUACCACGCAAGAGUCCAAAACCAAAUCAAAGAUGAGCUGAAUGGUCUUAACUUGGGCCCAGGUCGCUUUCCAAUGCUACUGGCCGCAAUAUUUUUUUUAGGUGGUUUAGCAUUGGGAGUAAUUGGUGUUUUAGUGAUAACUUUGCGACAUAGACACGUUUAUCUCAUUAGCUGGAAUGACCAGUUCUUAGGUCCAGCAUUUAUAGUCCUUUUUAUUUUGUGUGUUGGAAUGGGAACCUACUUGGUUCUCUUAGCACUUAGGAGAACCAAUCAAUACAGAAGAGGACUUGUUUUUCGACCUAUUGGAGACUAUGGAGUUGCUGUUACACAUAAAAGCAGACUUAAUUAUGAGCAUGAAACAAAAGAGCAAUUGAAGUCUGGUACUACACCACAUGACAGUUUUAAACCAUUAGCUACUUAUACUGCCAAAAACGAUAAAUAUGGGAGACCUCUUAACGAUGGUUAUGACAAUCGGGGAUACAAAAAUGAUCCUCGUGGUCCACCUCCUCGAUAUUCAGAGAAACCACGAGAUGAUAGGAGAGGUCCACCCAGGAAUAGGGAUGAGGAUAGGUCUAGGGGAGAUAGACCUAGAGGCCCACCUGGUGAUAGAUAUAGAGAUGAUCGAAAUAGACCUUCAGGACCAGAUGACAGACGUAGAGGUCCUCCCGGUGACAGAUAUGGGGAUGACAGAGAUAGAAGGGGUCCACCUCGAGGCCCUCCAAGAGGUCCAAGAGAUCCCAAUGAUCCAGAGAGAAGAGGACCUCCUAGAGACCCCAGAGAUCCAGAUCGAAGAGGACCUCCAAGAGAUCCCAGAGAUCCAGAUAGAAGAGGGCCUCCUAGAGGACCACCAAGAGAUCCCAGGGAUCCAGAUAGGAGACGAGAUCCUAGGGAUGACGAAAGAAGACGUCAGGAAGAUCGUAGGAGAUAUGAUGAUGAUCGUGAGAGACGUAGACCUGAGAAAGUUGUUGAAGCUGGUGAACCUCUGUUAGAAAAGCCUCCAUUGCCAAUGGCAGGACCCAGACCUCCAGUACCUCCAACAGAUACUGUGGUGUUCAGUGACAAUGCUGAUGUAUCAUCUGAAUCAAUAUUAUAGUAAAAAAAGAUAAUAUCAAAAUAGAUCUGCCUUAUUUUUUUCUUAUUUUGGAACUGUUAAAAAAUUCUGAUGCUGGUAUAAAUAGUUUUGCAUAUCCUUUUUUCAUCACCUUUUAACAAGUAUACACUAAAAAAGGAAACAGUGUUUUGAGGAAAUUAAAAAAAAAAUGAAAUUAUCAGAUUUUGGCAUUUUUGGUUCAUUAUUAAAUAUUGUAUUGUAUUACUUUUGUCUGGCCUGCAACACAAAGGAAUAUAAGCUGCAUUUUUAUGCUAGAAACUUUUGUAAUCUAGUUUUAUAUAUAACUAUAUCAAAAUAGACAUUCCUACAUAUGACACACAGGUUGUAUUUUUUGUAAUUUGUGCCUUUCAUUUUGUAUAUAGUAAUCCAUUUUAUAAUCAAUUUCAUGCAUAAUUUUUACAAGUUUUGAGCAACCUAAUGUCAUAAUUAUUAUUUAGCCUCUACAAAUUCAAUUCAGAAAUUUACAUACUGUAUUGAAAAUUCUUGACCAGUAUCACUGAAUUUCAUGUAUGGUACAUAUCAAUCAAACAUUUUGUAUAUAGUUGUUCAUUUUAUAAUCAAUUUCAUGCAUAAUUUCAGAUAAAUUUCCUAAACAUUAAUAGAUGUUACAUGUACUUUAUUGUGCAAUUUUCAUUUGAAAUGGGAAGAGUUUUUUUUAAAGUUUUUUAGAAUUCUUUUUACAAUUUUUGAGCAACCUAGUGUCAUUAACAAAAACAAAUUUAAUUCAGAAAUUUAAAUACUGUAUUACAAAUUCCUGACCAGUAAAAUCACUGAAUUUGACAUUUAAUGUAUACCAAUAAACAAUAUCUGAUGUAAAAUAGAAAUUAAAUUUUAUACUCUUAAUAAAUAUGUUA